CAAAAACUUAAGGAUGGACGAGAGGUUGCUGUAAAGCAUCUCUACGAGCACAACUGCAAACGAAUGCAGCAGUUUGUUAAUGAAAUUGAGAUCCUUACAAGGCUAAGGCACAUCAAUCUUGUCACCCUCUAUGGCUGCACUUCACGGAGAAGCCGUGAACUACUCCUUGUCUAUGGAUACAUUCCUAAUGGAACUCUUGCUGAUCACCUCCAUGGUGACAAAGCGAAGGACAGAUCACUCGCGUGGCCAGUCCGCAUGAACAUUGCCAUAGAAACUGCUGGUGCAUUGACUUACUUGCAUGUUUCUGAUGUAAUACAUUGCGAUGUGAAGACUAAUAACAUACUCCUUGAUCACAACUUUAGUGUUAAAGUUGCAGAUUUUGGGAUUUCAAGGCUCUUCCCAAAUGAUGUCUCUCAUAUUUCAACCGCACCCCGGGGGACCCCUGGCUAUAUUGAUCCAAAGUAUCAUGAAUGUUACCGGCUGACUAGUAAAAGUGAUGUUUAUAGCUUCGGGGUGGUCCUUGUUGAGCACAUUUCGUCAAUGCCAGCUGUGGAUAUGAAGAGGCAUAGCCAAGAGAUCAAUUUGGCUAACUUUGCAAUAAACAAGAUCGUAAAAUGUGCAUUUCACGAGUUGCUUGAUCCAUCCCUGGGGUUCGAUUCAGAUACCAAGAUUUGGGAAAUGACUACUUCAGUGGCAGAUCUUGCUUUUUUGUGCUUGCAGACAGAUAGGGACAUGAGGCCUACUAUGGUUGAAGUUUUGGAUACUCUAAAGGAGAUUCAGACUAGUGAAUUUGACAAUGAGAAGAGAGCUGAAUCUAAUCUCAAUGGCAAUGAAGCUAAAAUAGUAGCAGCUCCUCCUUUCCCUGUAUCAGAAGAUAUAUUAUUGUUGAAGCAAGUUAAAUCACUACCUUCUCCUAAUUCUGUGGCUGAUAAAUGGAUUACUUGCUCUGAUAUAACUAGUACAAAGUAGUAAAAAGUUCUAUACCCCCUCUCUUUGUUAAUCUGAUGUUAAUUUUGUGAGGCUGCAAAUGUACGGCUUUGAGUAGUUUCCUUGAGCUAUGUAUCUAUGAGUGGAAGUGAUCCGACUUUUAAUUUCAUUAUAUAAGAGUUUAAGUUCUAUACAAUGGCAGUUUUAGAACUUUCUAAUUGAGAA